AUGCAGUCGCUAGUACGCGGCUGCAGCGUGCGCACACACCAAAAUCACAAUCUCAUCCGCCUGUUGUCCAGCACCUCAUGCCGCUCAAGCAGGCUUCGCGCUCGCCUCGAGAUUCCUCCCCCGUUCCCUGUUACAAAGACAUGUCCCGAACCAACAUGCAACUGCCCGUCUACGCCAUCCAUGCCGGAAGGACUGCCGAUUGAUCAUGAGCAAGCAUUGAACGGAACAAUGGCGGCCUAUGCGCAGCAGCUUUUGAUCUGCACAGGGCAGAGAGACUGGACGAGCCGGAUUGAAGAUGAUGGAAAGAAUCAGAGCUGGGGCGAUCUUGUCAGGGCUCUAAAGCGCCUGCUCGGUCGCGGUGGUCCAUAUCUCGAUCCCUUCAAUAAUGUCCUCGUCACCAAUUCUUCCAUCCUCCCUGCUGUGAGCAGCCGUACCUCUGCUUCUGCAUUUUUAUUCCCCAGCUUCAAAUACAUUCCUUCGAUCCCAAUCGAAAUCCUCGAGUCCCCAGAUACGACCGACUUGACUACAUUUGUUCGCGCAUUUCUCCUCCCUGAGAAACUACACAAUAUGCACUCAGGUUUACCUGAAGCUAAGCAAACGGACAUGACCCGGGUGCCUGUUUUGGCUUCGAAGUUCACAGGCAUCGUCGAUAUUGAGCACUCACCUACUGUUUUGAUUUGCGGACAUGGAGGUCGCGAUAUGCGCUGUGGUGUCAUGGCACCUGUACUCGAGGAUGAAUUCAAGCGUGUGCUUCAAGCACAAGGUUUUACAUCAACAGGCAGUGAUGGCACGACUAUCGAUGACCCUAAGCAUGCCCAUGUUGGAUUGAUCAGCCACGUUGGCGGUCACAAGUAUGCCGGCAAUGUGAUUGUCUAUAUUCCACCAAACAUGACGAUCAAAGGCUCAGAUCCCCACCCGCUGGCAGGUAAGGGGAUCUGGUACGGUCGUGUGGAGCCCAAGCAUGUGCAAGGCAUUGUGAAUGAAACUAUCCUUGGGGGCAAAGUAGUGGCGGACCACUUUCGCGGCGGGAUUGACCGAAAUGGAGAUAUCCUGCGGUUGUAG